CCCCCCCUUCGUCUUUUAUCUAGGAAUAAAAGAAAAUCGAAAAUUUCUGUCCAAAUUCGUAUUCUAGUCCCGAUUGAGUCAUGUUCAAACGUAUUGUUUUUCAUAUUUAUUAUUAUUUAAUUAUUUUUUUUAACAUAACUUGUAUUAUUUUUAAACCUACCCUUCUCUGCACCAGUCGAUACACUUUUUUAAACUAAUACUUAUUUAUGAAAUCAAACCAAAGAACUCGUCUCACGUUUCAGAGAUAAAUCUUCUUGAAGUCAAUCAUGAGUCAAGGAGGAGGUGAUGGUGGUGGAGGACGAGGUCGAGGCCGAGGGUUCGGUCACAAAGGAGCGGAUAGUUGGGCUAUGCCACGACGUGGGGGACGAGGAGGAUUUAAGGCUGCUCUGUCUAAUCCUCAUGGUGCAGAUCUGACCAAGUAUAUGAAGAGAGGAGCUCCCAAACCAGAUUUCAAGCGGUCUAGAGCACCUGAACCUACAGUGGAUCAAAUACAGGCGGAUAAUCUGACAGCGCUGGCAAAAACGUACUGGGCUCCGCAUACCUCCAAGAACCAUGUUGAUUAUAACCCCGAUGUGGUAGAAGAGAUUUAUAAAAACGACAUCAAGGGCCCCGGGUUCGCAAUCAAGAGGAUUAUGAUGCUCGAGUUCUCACAGUUCCUGGAAAACUAUCUCUGGCCGAACUUCAAGGCUGAAACCUCGACCCUGGCGCACAUCAUGUCGAUCAUCGUUAUUGUGAACGAGAAGUUCCGUGAGAGAGUUCCUGCCUGGACAGCGUUCCAAUACAGACCGGACGAGUUCUCCGGGUUCUUCCAUGCAGUGCUGAAGUGGACGGUUGCUCCUCCCGAUCAAAUCUCAAUUCUGGAGCAAACUAAACUCCUCAUAUUCCUGGACCACUGUUUCACGAGUAUGGAGGUGGAUCUGGUGAGAGUUCAAGUACAAAGGUUGGUUUCUCUACCAAUGUGGAUUUGUCUCCUGGAUUCAAGACGAGAAGCAGAACUCAAGGCAAUCCCUAAAUGGAAGAAGUACUGGAAGUUACUGCAGAAGAAGGACAGUAAGGAGGAUGACGAAACUAAGGAUAAACUACAGUUUGAGAGAAGGUUUCUCAGGAACUUGAUAAACAAGUACUACACCAUCCUGUACGCUAUACAGGAGAAGGAGUGUCCUGAGGAGAAUGUUGAAUAUGUUGAAAGAUUCUUAAUUCUAAUCAUUGAUCUUGAAGCUCUACUGCCCACCAGGAGGUUUUUCAACACUGUGUUGGAUGACAGUCAUCUUGUAGUUCGAUCAUCUCUAGCUCCUCUGACACGUAGACCUGAGGGACGGUUAUUCGCUCAGCUUCUUGAACAGGUUCGGUUCUAUACAAGGUUUGAGAUCAACGAUCAGACCGGAGAAUCUCUCUCAGAGAAGGAUAUGAUGAGUCUUCACUACCAGAGAAUCGGAGAUCUGCAACGAGCUGUGUUCGUCAAGUAUCCUGAACUAAGGAAACUAUCCCUCGCUACAAUAGCUAGUAUAGAGGACCGUGAUCAGUUGGUAAAAUAUUUCCAGAGGUUAGGACGGGAUACACUCUAUGAUAUCUGUGAGUACCUACACCUGGUCCCACCCAAGGGGAGUGCUGAGGACUCAGAGAAUGAAUAUAGCCAGGAAUUCCUGGCUGAACUAGUUAUAUCCCGACACGAGAAGAGGGAUUCUCAACUACAAGAGUUGAAUGAAAUGCCUCUCUAUCCAACCGAGGAGUUUAUCUGGGACGAAGGUUUAGUACCCGGAGAAUAUUAUCAAGGAGAGAACCCUCUUGCUCUUCCCAAACUUAACCUACAGUUUCUCACCCUACACGACUACCUGCUCCGUAACUUUAAACUGUUCCAGCUUGAAUCAACCUACGAGAUUAGGCAGGAUAUUGAAGAUGUGGUGAGCAGGUUGCGACCCUGGAGAGCUGAGGAUGAUAGUAUCAUAUUUAAUGGUUGGGCAAGGAUGGCUCUACCGCUCCAGGCCUUUACUAUCGUUGAGGUCGCCAAACCUAACAUAGGAGAGCGUCAGCCUAGUAGAGUCAGGGCAGACGUGUCUGUACAUCUAAGUGUGAGAGACCAGAUCAAGUGUGAAUGGGAAAAUCUACGAAGACAUGAUGUGUGCUUUCUGUUGACUAUUCGUCCUCCUCAGACCGCGACGGAUAUUAACUAUUUUGAUAUCCCUGCUUCUGAGUAUCUAGAGACAACUGGGGUCAUGUACGUCCGAGGUUGCGAGAUCGAAGGCAUGCUGGACGAGAACGGGCGAGUCAUUGAAGAGUUUGGAUCCGAGCCGAAACCCAAAUUUAGCUCCGGAGAUCGAACCUUCCGGGUUCGUCUGGAUUGUAAUCAGUACAGAGAGGACAUGGACCAGACCAGCCAGGGGGCAGAGGACGUAUACGCGUCCUUUAAUGUUCUCAUGAGACGUAAGCCAAAGGAGAACAAUUUUAAGGCAGUGCUUGAGACUAUCAGGGAGUUGAUGAACACCACUUGUGUUGUCCCGGACUGGUUGCACGAUAUUAUCCUCGGAUACGGAGACCCUGCCUCUGCUCACUACUCUAAUAUGCCGAACAAUAUUCCUACUCUCAACUUUAACGAUACUUUCAUUGAUUUCCAGCAUUUGAGGGAAUCCUUCCCAAACUACGAGGUUCGUGUCGAGGAAGGAGUUGAGCCGGAGAAGAUCCUUCCUCCCUUCAAGGUAACCUUCCUUGAUGUAGUAGAGAAGAAGAAGCUUGAGUCUGGGAAGAGAGAUGAACCGGGAGAUGAUAAAGUAAGUGUACCCCGUGUACUCACUGUUAAACCAUUCACCCAACAGAACAGAGGACCAUAUCCAAAGAACGUUCCUAAGAAGAAUGCUGUGAGGUUUACUCCGACCCAGGUUGAAGCUAUCCGAGCAGGAACUAAUCCUGGAUUAACCAUGGUUGUAGGACCUCCAGGUACUGGUAAGACUGAUGUUGCAGUCCAGAUUAUCUCAAAUCUCUACCAUAACUUCCCAGAACAGAGAACACUGAUUGUCACACACUCUAACCAGGCGUUGAAUCAGCUGUUUGAGAAGAUUAUUGCUCUUGAUGUCGAUGAGCGUCAUCUUCUUCGUCUUGGACACGGAGAGGAAGCACUAGAGACGGAGAAGGAUUUCUCCAGGUAUGGUAGAGUCAACUACGUGUUAGCGAAGAGGCUGGAGCUGUUGGAGGAGGUGAGCAGGUUGCAGAAGAGUCUGGGCGUAUCUGGAGAUGUAGCAUAUACUUGUGAAACUGCAAGGUAUUUCUACCUGUACCAGGUUCUCUCCAGGUGGGAGGAAUAUCUCUCUAAGGUUAGCGGACCGAACUUCUAUGAGAAGAUUGAGAAGGAGAAACUGGAUGAUCUCUUUCCCUUCCACGUUUUCUUCUCCAACGCCCCGAAACCUCUGUUCCAUGGGAGCAGUUAUAAGGAUUAUUUUGAGUGCGCUAUGUGCUGCUGGAGAUACAUAUCUGAUAUAUUUACACAGUUAGACGAGUUCUGGGCAUUCGAGCUUCUCAGAUCAGGUUUAGACAGAACAAGAUAUCUUUGUGUCAAGGAAGCCAAGAUUAUUGCUAUGACCUGUACCCAUGCUGCUCUCAAGAGACAGGAAUUGGUCCAGCUUGGGUUCAAGUAUGAUAAUAUUCUCAUGGAGGAGUCAGCACAGAUCCUAGAGAUCGAAACCUUUAUCCCUCUCCUGCUGCAAACCCCACAGGACGGGAUGAACCGGUUGAAACGAUGGAUUAUGAUCGGAGACCACCACCAGCUUCCUCCGGUCGUCAAGAACAUGGCAUUUGAAAAGUUUUCGAACAUGGAGCAGUCUCUUUUUACGCGGUUUGUCCGACUGGGUAUUCCAACCAUAGAACUGGACGCUCAGGGUAGGUCUAGACCUAGUAUAUGCUCUCUGUAUAACUGGAGAUACAGAGCCUUAGGCAACCUGCCGCACGUUCUCAACCAUCCUGAUUACAAGGUUGCAAACUCCGGUUUUAGUUUCGACUACCAACUCAUUAAUGUACCAGACUUCAACGGUAUCGGAGAGAGUCAACCCAGUCCGUUCUUUUACCAGAACCUGGCCGAGGCUGAGUAUGUUGUAGCUGUAUACAUGUACAUGAGAUUAAUCGGGUUCCCAGCACACAAGAUCUCAAUCCUCACAACAUAUAACGGACAAAAGGCUUUGAUCCGUGAUGUUUGUGCUGCCCGGUGUGCCAGCAAUCCUAUUAUAGGAAUGCCGCAUAAGAUCGCUACUGUAGAUAAAUAUCAAGGUCAGCAGAACGAUUACAUUCUUCUCUCUUUGGUAAGAACCUACAACGUUGGACAUCUGAGGGAUGUGCGUCGUCUAGUGGUCGCUAUGUCUAGAGCCAGGUUGGGUUUAUACGUGUUUGCCCGUGUCAGUUUAUUCAAGAAUUGUUUCGAGCUUCAACCGGCGUUCAAUAUCCUGAUGAAACGUCCUCUUCAGCUUCAUCUCUGUCCUAACGAACUGUUCCCCUCCAAGAGAAUGGCGAACGUGACUGCUCCGAACCCCGUUAUCGUUUACGACAUGCCAAUGAUGUCCAAGUUCGUCGUGGACUUCUACCAGGACAAGGUUAAGCAGCUGAAGAUGAUCCAGGCGCGAAUGGCCCCGAAGCCCGGCGAAAUAAAACCGGUUCUAAAGACAGGGGCGACCAGGCAGCAUCCAGGGGAUGACGACAGCGACGACGAGGACAAGGUUGUGCUCAAGGAGAUUGAGAACGAGCUGGAGAAGGAGGAUAAGAUGGUUUCCGCGGAGAACAAGGCUGCAGCCGCCCUGGAGAAGGUGUUUGUUGAACCAGAGGAGGGGAUGGAGACGGAGGAGAAGGAUGAGUAGAGAGAGUACCUUGAGUUGACCAAAUAUAGUUUCAUAUUUGCAUUUUUUUUGUAAUCAAUAUAUCUUUAAAUGGUGGUCUUUUUUUUAA